UCCUGCGUUCCAGAGCUGUUCCAGCGAGAUCCUUUCUUCCUGGCAAAAAUGGGGGGGUGAAAAGUUCAUCAUAAGCAAAGGGUUAGGGUUCAAUCGAACUUGGAUCCAAAACUUGCGGAUCCAAAGCCCGUCGCUCUUGUCAUCGCUGUUGUUGCCCUACUGUACCGGUACCGGUAUAUCUCAAGUACGCCUACGCCAAAGAUGAAGCAUUCAUGGAAGACCUCUGAAUUGCGGAAGCUGUCGGACCUACAUGUGCUUGCUAUUUCCCGAGGCUCGCUCCGAGCAGUUCAAGCUGUCUAUUACGAGGAUCCGCUGGCAUUGGAUUCUGCUGUUGUUGAAGAUGCCUUUCGCUACGGAGCAUCGGGUGAAGUCCUGAAGUUUUUGGUUGGAAACGGUCUCGAAGAUCUCGAUGGAAAUGAUAUCUGCGAGAUGGUGGCAAAGAGGUUCCUGGAAGCCAUACCUUUGCUGCAGUCGAGCUCUCCCAGCAAAGUGGCGGAAUCAUUGAUGAGUCUCAAUGAGCUUGUGCAAACAUUUCCGGAAGGGCUGAUCAACAUGGACGUCUCUAGCCCCCUUUGUCCUUUGAAAAUUGUCCUUUUUUCGCACGUUUUCCCUCAUAAUUUGCUGGAUUCAAUGAUAGGAAUCUUGCCAAAACACGAGUCCUUUAGUUUGCGGAGCGAUUGUUGGUUGCCGUUGGAUGAUUGGUUCCAGCAGCAAAGGAGGACAUCUCUGGACAAUGCCCGCAGCAUGAGAGCCAUUCGCGCCAUUGUGGAAAAUGUGGAAGAAUUUAUUUUACGACGCUCUGAGUUCACAAAAGCAGAAGCUACGAAGGUGCUUGCCAUGCUGUUUCGUAGUACCAAUGCAGCUGAAAGGGUUCACAUCGAUGCAGAUGUGAUUCAAGAAGAUGGGUCAGUAGAAGAAAUUCUUGGACCGGCAAAGAAAAUUCUGGAGCGCAUUGGAGGGGGGUCUCAUAUCACAGGAUUCUCUAUUGCUUACAAUGGCAUUGCGCUUGGGCCAACCAUGUCCAUCCAAAACUUACUGUUUCAAAUGGCGAAUCUAACUCGUCUGGACGUAUAUGUUAGCGAACCAUGGAAAUCGACUAAGGAGCUUUGUAAAUCCCUUUGUGAUUUGCUAAAGCAAGGGAGACUUCAGCGGCUUGAGGUGAUUGGUGCAACAACGGAAGCAGGGCUCUUCUUGCCACUGCUGGAUGCGGCAGACAGGAGUGAAACUCUGACUGAGCUGAGGCUGCAGGAUUUGAAGAACCAAGCAGAAGUUGAAAUCUACCAUGACAAAAUGCUCAGGAUUCUUGAUCACAACACACACCUGAAGGCGGCUUUGAUCUGUGAGGACAAUUUAACAACCAAUAAUAUAUUUGAAGACGGUGACGAAUCAAUGACCAAACAAACCAACAAACAAUGUUUCCUGGAUAGGACCAAAGGCAACAAUAAGCAGCGAGUGAUUGACUACCACACGCUGUUGAAUGUCUGUGGCCGGGGAAGGGCCAAAGCAGAAGGCACGCAACUCAAAAACUUCGUUCGAAUGAUAUCAGCUGAGAAGAUUUGGGAGAGGAUUCAUUUCCUUGAUUUUACUGUUCUGGCCAGGUGGGAUCUCGUUACAAUUUUGCAAUAUGGGCUGCUCCGUCAACAACCUGCGACAUGGUUGGUCAACGAACGAAAGCCAUCAACAAUCAAAAACUCCAGCAGGGCAACAAGGGCCAGGAACGUCCAAGGCACGCGAAAGCGCAAAGCCACGGGGCAUCCUGUUGAGUCUUCCUUGGCCUGAAAGGGUACGGCAAGGAAGGAACGUGGUGUUCUUUUGCCGUCCAUGCACUUCAUAAGUUUAUGUUUUAUUUAGCGUUCUUUUG